ACUCAAUACUCCAUAUUCUGCACUUCAAGCUUAUGGCUCAACCGAAUAAGAUAAAUCACUAUACAGAAAAAAAGAAUGGCAAUCGGAGAAGAGGGAAAUCAAACCAUCAUCACAGAAUUAAUUCUCCAAGGAUUUGUGGAUUUUCAAGAUCUACAGAUUGUUCUCUCUCUUUUGUUUCUAGCAAUCUACCUUCUUACAGUGACUGGGAACGUCCUAAUCAUUGGAUUAGUUGUCGCACACCACAACCUGCACACUCCCAUGUACUUUUUUCUUGCAAACCUGUCUUGCUUGGAGACUUUCUACACUUCCACCAUUCUCCCCAAGGCCCUUGUCAGCUCCCUGAGUGGAGACAGAACCAUUUCCAUCCCUGGCUGCAUUGCCCAAUUCUAUUUCUUUAGUUCUCUGGUAGUCACGGAAUGUGGCCUCCUAUCCAUGAUGUCUUAUGACAGAUACAUAGCAAUAUGUAAACCGCUGCAUUAUGCAACCCUAAUGAACAACAAACUCUGCCUUCUCAUGGCAGUCGGGUGUUGGAUUAAUGGGUUUCUAGCAAUGUCUGUAAUGUUGUACCUGAUGACAAGGCUGACAUUUUGUGGCCACAAUGAAAUUGAGCAUUUCUUCUGUGACUUUACCCCCUUAGCAAAAGUUGCUUGCAGUGAAUCUCACAAAUUUGAACUGAUGGGUUUCAUAUUUUCAGUCAUUUACAUCCUUCCUUUCUUUUUAUUGACUUUGACAUCCUAUAUGUUCAUCAUCACCACCAUUCUGAGAAUCCCAUCUGCCACUGGGAGGCAAAAGGCCUUCUCUACAUGCUCAUCUCAUCUUGUUGUGGUUACAAUUUAUUAUGGGACCCUAAUCAUAGUCUAUGUGCUGCCCAAUACUGAAAAUAUGAGAAAGCUAAAUAGAGUCUUCUCUGUUUUUUACACCAUCCUAACCCCUCUGGUCAAUCCCCUGAUAUACAGUCUGAGGAAUAGAGAAGUGAAAGAGUCCCUCGGGAAAUCUAUUGGCAAACUGAUUUAUGGCAUAAGGCUUCAGAAAAUCCAGGACACUGUUUUUAGUUUAGGGUAGGACUAUCAAUCCCCACUGUCUACCCAUCCCCCUCAGACUCUGUCAGCUUUUCAUAUUGCUAGAUCGGAAAAUCAUGUUGCUGU